UACGUGAAUGCGUCACUGGUCGACAUCCUAACACCCAGCAACCAAAGACGUCUGCGGCGCCACACAUUUUCAUUGCACGCCAACAUGACAUCCACGACAUUCGCUUUGCUUUUUCUGCGGCUUUCCGCCUCCAUGUUUUCGGAAGCCGAAGCGGCGAGAAGCCGUACGGGCAGUAGCCAAAACAGCUUCCGACGGGCGGCGAACGGCGUCUAUCAGACCCUCAGCAGCGUGUUCGGCGAGGACAGCAUCCGAGGCCUGUACAAGUUUUUCUCCAAAGCGACAGAGCGCUUUGUUCAUGGAGUGGAUUCCUUUCUCGACACAGUCUGGAAGAUCUGGUCUGAUCUCCUGGACGUGAUGGGCAUUGACUCGUCCAACCUCAGCCACUACUUCAGCCCGGCGUCCCUGAGCAGCUCGCCGGCACGCGCCCUCCUCCUGGUGGCCGGCGUCCUGGUGGCCUUCUGGUUCCUCUCCAUGUUCCUGGGCGGCGUCUUCUACCUGCUGCACGCCGUCUUCGGCCGCUUCUUCUGGCUGGCCCGCGUGGUCCUCCUGGCCCUGUCCUGCCUCUACGUCCUGCAGAAGUUCGAGGGCGACCCCGAGCGCGCCGUGCUGCCGCUGUGCGUGGUCAUGGCGUUUUACUUCAUGACGGGGCCCGUGGGCGUGUACUGGCAGCGCGGCGGCGGCUCGCUGGAGGAGAAGGUGGACCAACUAGACACGCAGAUCAGGCUGCUGAACAUCAGGCUGAGUCGGGUCAUAGACGGCCUGGAGCGCACGGAGUAGAAGCGCUGGAGACAACAUCUGUUAUUUCGUUUUUAUUUUUUACCUGCUUGAAUCUGAAAUGUGAAGAAAUCAAGACAACUUUAUGAUGCCUCCAGCAUUUUUUUCAAAGUGUUUUGGAAAGACAAGCUCACACGCUGGGCUAUCAAGUUGCGUUUUUAAUGUUAUUCCACAACUUUUACGUACAGUGUGUACAACACUGGGGCCAAAAGUACAGUGAUAGUACCUUUUUAUUUAUUGUAUUUCCUGUAUCUUGUUAGUGACUUCCUGUAUGGGCUUAAGUAUUGGGACACACCACCAACAGGAAGUUUGAGGAUAAUGUGGAAUUUGCAGCUUCCCCUCUUAGAAUACAUUUGAAUGACUGGAUUUAAAAAGGGUGUUUCUUCAGGUCCUUAGUCCGCAUGCAUCACCUCCUCCCGCUCAGCACUUAGAGGCGCAUUUUCAAUUAUAAUUCACUUUUCCAUCAGUGUCCUGCCAUCGGCCCUUUUAGGAGAACAAAGUAGUUCCUUUAAAGGUUGCUUUUAAUGCCUGAUGGAUAUGUAGAGUGCACCAUUCUGGAUCGCAUUCCUUUUCCUCUUUCAACCAACAUUCAGGACUCUUGAGGGCAAUUUUGUAUAUGUUGACCACUAGAACCACCUAAUAUUUACACGCUAAUGCACUAAAUCUCAACAUGGUAAUGGUACAUCAUUUAUUAAGUACCGAAUUUUUUGGAGUAUAAGUCGCACCGGCCGAAAAUGCAUAAUAAAGGAAAAAAACAUAAGUCGCAUUUUUGGGGGAAAUUUGAUAAAACCCAACACCAAGAAUAGACAUUUGAAAGGCAAUUUAAAAUAAAUAGUGAACAACAGGCUGAAUAAGUGUACGUUAUGAUGCAUAAAUAACCAACUGAGAACGUGCCUGGUAUGUUAACGUAACAUUAUGGUAAGAGUCAUUCAAAUACCGUAUUUUUCGGAGUAUAAGUCGCACCGGCCGAAAAUGCAUAAUAAAGAAGGGAAAAAACAUAAGUCGCACUGGAGUAUAAGUCGCAUUUUUUGGGGAAAUUUAUUUGAUAAAAGCCAACACCAAGAAUAGACAUUUGAAAGGCAAUUUAAAAUAAAUAAAUAGUGAACAACAGGCUGAAUAAGUGUACGUUAUAUGAGGCAUAAAUAACCAACUGAGAACGUGCCUGGUAUGUUAACGUAACAUUAUGGUAAGAGUCAUUCAAAUACCGUAUUUUUCGGAGUAUAAGUCGCACCGGCCGAAAAUGCAUAAUAAAGGAAAAAAACAUAAGUCGCACUGGAGUAUAAGUCGCAUUUUUUGGGGAAAUGUAUUUGAUAAAAGCCAACACCAAGAAUAGACAUUUGAAAGGCAAUAUAAAAUAAAUAAAGAUUAGUGAACAACAGGCUGAAUAAGUGUACGUUAUAUGAGGCAUAAAUAACCAACUGAGAACGUGCCUGGUAUGUUAACGUAACAUUAUGGUAAGAGUCAUUCAAAUACCGUAUUUUUCGGAGUAUAAGUCGCACCGGCCGAAAAUGCAUAAUAAAGAAGGAAAAAAACAUAAGUCGCACUGGAGUAUAAGUCGCAUUUUUUGGGGAAAUGUAUUUGAUAAAAGCCAACACCAAGAAUAGACAUUUGAAAGGCAAUUUAAAAUAAAUAAAUAAAUAGUGAACAACAGGCUGAAUAAGUGUACGUUAUAUGAGGCAUAAAUAACCAACUGAGAACGUGCCUGGUAUGUUAACAUAACAUAUGGUAAGAGUCAUUCAAAUACCGUAUUUUUCGGAGUAUAAGUCGCACCGCACCUGACGAAAAUGCAUAAUAAAGAAGGAAAAAAACAUAAGUCGCAUUUUUUGGGGAAAUUUAUUUGAUAAAAGCCAACACCAAGAAUAGACAUUUGAAAGGCAAUAUAAAAUAAAUAAAGAAUAGUGAACAACAGGCUGAAUAAGUGUAUGUUAUAUGAGGCAUAAAUAACCAACUGAGAACCCACAUAUGCGGUCCUCUCCAAGGUUUCUCAUAGUCAUUCACAUCGACGUCCCACUGGGGUGAGUUUUUCCUUGCCCUUAUGUGGGCUCUGUACCGAGGAUGUCGUUGUGGCUUGUGCAGCCCUUUGAGACACUUGUGAUUUAGGGCUAUAUAAACAAACAUUGAUUGAUUGAACGUGCCUGGUAUGUUAACGUAACAUAUUAUGGUAAGAGUCAUUCAAAUAACUAUAACAUAUAGAACAUGCUAUACGUUUACUAAACAAUCUCACUCCUAAUCGCUAAAUCCCAUGAAAUCUUAUACGUCUAGUCUCUUACGUGAAUGAGAUAAAUAAUAUGAUAUUUUACGGUAAUGUUAUAAUUUCACACAUAAGUCGCUCCUGAGUAUAAGUCGCACCCCCGGCCAAACUAUGAAAAAAAACUGCGACUUCUAGUCCGAAAAAUACGGUAACUAUACCAUAGAACAUGCUAUAAGUUUACCAAACAAACAGUCACUCCUAAUCGCUAAAUCCCAUGAAAUCUUAUAAAUCUAGUCUCUUACGUGAAUGAGCUAAAUAAUUAGAUAUUUUACGGUAAUGUGUUAAUUUCACACAUAGGUCGCUCCUAAGUAUAAGUCUCACCCCCGGCCAAACUAUGAAAAAAACUGCGACUUAUAGUCUGAAAAAUACGGUAACUAUAACAUGCUAUACGUUUACCAAACAAUCUGUCACUCCUAAUCGCUAAAUCCCAUGAAAUCUUAUAAAUCUAGUCUCUUAUGUGAAUGAGCUAAAUAAUAUUUGAUAUUUUACACUAAUGUGUUAAUUUCACACAAGUCGCUCUUGAGUAUAAAUCGCACCCCCGGCCAAACUAUGAAAAAAACUGCGACUUCUAGUCCGAAAAAUACGGUAUGUUCAUGUGGUACAUUUGAACUAUUGGAUUUAAGUCCAAUUCUGCUAAAUAAUGGAGUUAAAAGUCCCUGCAAUUAGUCAUAAGGGAAAUGGGGUCAUGUAGUUUCAGUCUGCAGUUUAUUGCACUAAUUACUCAAGUAUAGUCAAUACAUCUUGCCCUCAUGUGGGAUCUGAGCAGAGGAUGCACACGCCACAAUGACAUCCAACGACUUUGAGACACUCGUGAUUUAGGUCUAUAUAAGUAAACAUUGAUUGUUGUAUUAGCCUUUUUGAACCGUUCAAAAAGUCCUCAAUGGGGAAGAAGGCAGUUCUUGUUAAAGCCGGAAGUUCUGUUGCCGCUGCAUGUUUUAGUACUCUGACGACCGCAUGUGUUUUGUUUGUGUGUAUUUAUAUAAAAAGUGGUUUUAAAAAAGUGUGUUUGUUGAAACAUGUCAUUCAAAUAGUGUUACAUUGUUGAAUCAAGUUUACAAAAGGUCAUUAUGGAUUUUAAAGUGGCAUUUGUUCCAUUUUACAUUGGAUUUUAGUUUGUUUUUUCAAGUCUUAAACACUGAAUAUGAUGUAAACUUGCUGGCAAACCUACCCAAUUAUUCCAUUCACAAAUACUUGCUACUCUUGUUAUUUCAUUUUCUGCCUUUUUUUCUGUGCCAACUUGAAACGGUUUUGUUUUUUCUAUCAGUUAAAUGUGCUUUCUUUAGAAUAGGCCAUGUCAAAUGUUGAAAAACUGAUGUGUGUUUUUAAGCAAACAUGUUGGUAGCCAAUCAGCUUCUGUUGUGUGUAUGAAAACUAUGUAUUUAAAUAAAAUAAACUGACUCCAAUAGGA